AUGUCUGAUCCAAGCAGCACAGCUUCCUCUUAUUCCACGUCACCCCGGCUCACCACCGGCGUCGUCAACUUCUUGGCGCGCCGCGCCAUGACCACGCAGAACCACCACAGAGCAGCAGCAUCCCUCCACUCGCCAGGCUCCUCCACCGGCUCCGCCGACACUGCGCCAUGGCACCACCGCGCCCCGGCCACGCCGCCGCCUCUGCUCCCGUUCCACGCCAGCGACGCCGACGAGAUGCUGCUGCUCGACAUGCUCUCCCAGCACCAGGAGGACAUGCACACCGACACCGCGACAGCGCCCGUUCCCACCGCGACGGCGGCAACGGCCGUGAAGCGAGAGGUCAGCGAAGAGGAGGAGGCCAAGGUGGCCGCGGGCGGCAGUAGGCGCGCGUUCCGCGGGGUGCGGAAGCGGCCGUGGGGCAAGUUCGCGGCGGAGAUCCGGGACUCGACGCGGGACGGCGUCCGGGUGUGGUUGGGCACGUUCGAUAGCCCGGAGGCGGCGGCGCUCGCGUACGACCAGGCCGCCUUCGCCAUACGGGGCGGCGCCGCCGUGCUCAAUUUCCCCGCCGACCAGGUCCGGCGCUCGCUCGAGGGCGCAGAGGACGACGUGUGUGGCCGCGCCGACGGGUUGUCACCCGUGCUCGCGCUGAAGCGGCGCCACUCCAUGCAUAGGAGGGCGGCGACAAAACAAAAGGUCAGGACCGUACGGACGGGCCGGCCGGAGGGCGUGAUGGAGCUUGAGGACCUCGGCGCAGAAUACCUCGAGGAGCUGCUCGGCCUCUCCGACGACAUGAUGACGUCUGCCUCCAGUUCAUGGUGCUCGAGUCAUCACUCCAUCUGACGAUGGAUUGAUCGCUUUUUUUUUGCUUUCUUGUCUGUUGUUGUUGCUGGUCUGGUCUCGAUAGUCCAGUGUUCAGUUGGACUAGAUAGCAUUGAGAAAUGAUAGUGUAAAUCGUUGGUUGUGCACGUUUUUAAGCGUCAAUGUUUCGCUUUGAAUUCAGUCAAAACAAAUGGUUGUAAAUAUUCGUUUUUGCAUGAGCUAUUCAUGGCCAGA